AUGGAGUCGGCUAUAAACUCUUUAUUAUUAUCUUCACAGAAGUUGCGGUUCAAGAUCAACCUGGCAUUGUUGGAAAAAAAUAGCAACGGAAACACACAACCACUAACACUCUUGGCCACAACACCAGUAUUGUCCAAGUUCAUUCAAAGGCUCAUUGAAACAAAGAGUCUCAACUGCCAGCCUAACUUGAAUGCCGAUCUUUUUGUUGAAAAGCACAUGGGGUGUCCAUAUUGGGAUCUAAACUUUACAUCCAAAUACGCAGUCGAAGUGUUGCAAUUGCUUGCGGAAAUCCAAUUUGCAACGCAUAAUCAGAUCCAAAUUAGAGGACCACUCACCCAGUGUUUCAAACUAGGUGGUACAUUCAGCAAUGGCAUCAUAUCUAUUCAUAAAGUUAAAGUGAAUGACGUAUUGUUGGAACGAGUGAUUGCGUGUGACAAAAUCGAAAGCAUCAUUCACACACCACAAUUGGUAACAUCCGAUGAGAUUCCGAAUCGUGAUAGAUAUCAAGCAGAAAGUAGUUGUAGAGGGCCAGAUGCUGAAACAGAUGCAUCUCAACCCAAGACUCUGGUUUCAACAACGUUGUCCUUCAACCGGCACCAGAUUAAACGAAUUUUGGGACCUGGUGGAGCUAGGUUGGAUUCCAUUCGUCUACAACUGAAAUGCUGGAUUCAUAUUGAUCGGAAUCCUUUGGAAAAUUGCAUUGACGAUAGCUUGAGGUUUAUUAGUAAGAAUAACACCAAACAGGUAAUAAGCAUCAGUGGAUUGAAACCAAAUGUUGAUAUUGCAAUUAAUGAGAUUUAUAACUGCUUAGAGAGAGAGAGAGAGAGAGAGAAAAGACUGGCUUCUUUAGGGAGUAGCAUUAGUUCCUCUUGA